GUGCGUAUGUACGCAUUCCUGUGAUAUUAUGUACAAACAAACUGCUGACGUUUAAAAACGGAUUAUCACGAACUGCAUGAUCGUGAGAGUAUAAAUUUAGGUUACAAUAUUGGCAAAACUGCCAGUUACACAACAUUAGGAAGAGGACAUUGAGCGUUUUCAUUUUGCGUUUAAAGAUAUGAAUUUGAUAGAUAAAAUAUACGAGAGUCAAACGGUUGAUCAACUUUCGGAGUUGGAGAGACGUUAUAUCUUGACUGAUGUUGAGAAGGAUAUACUAUUUAAAAAGAAGGCAGAGAUUAUAAGUCGCAUGAUGCGAUGGAGGGUGGAGAAUGUUCGUCUUGGUAUCGCUGCGGACCUUACAGAUUCUUGGACCCCGGAACAACGCCAACGAUUUUUGGAGGAUUGGCAAGACGACGAAUUAUUAUUAUCACAAAGUGACAUUGGGGAGUUUGCUUCAGGGCUUGCCGAUACGCUUGAACAAGGAGAGAACGUGUUCCCAAAUUGGCGAGAUGACAGAUCUUUGUCACAGAUUGGUCGCGGACAGAAAAGAGCCGUCGACGUAAUGAAUGAGGGCGCGAGCACAUCAAACGAGGUUAGCGAUAGCAAUUAUUUUACCCUGACAAAUGUGAAGCAAGUAUAUGUUAAAAAGUUUAAAACCAGUGGUGUCGAUUACGCUGUGCAAUUUAAGGAUACCUUUGCUAAUUUGGAACUCUAUCAAUUUCAUAAUCAGCUGCAUGACAUUUUUGGGUGUUUGCUCAGGACCAUUACCCAUGAUAUUCCAGAGCACGAUCAAGUUCGUUUUGUGUUGCAAUCGCCUCAGCUCGAGACUCCUAUUUCUCUUCCGUUCAUGCCACGUUCUCGUCUUACGACCGAACGUGUUUUAGCCGAAUUCGAGCGUGUCGUUCAAUCUAAUCGGGAAUUUCGUUUGAAUGAUAAUGUUAAUCUCAAUUUAGUUCAUGUUGAAAUGCCGAAUGGAGGCACCGGUUCAAAACGUAGUGAAAUUAAUUUGGAAAAGCAUUUAGACCGGAAAGGUUCAAUUAUUCGAAUUCAAAACACGGAUAACAUUUGUUUAGCUAGGGCAUUAGUUGUUUCUAUCGCCAAAAUUGAAUACGAUGAUCGUUAUAAAAGUAUAGUCGAUCAUCGCCGGCCAAUGCAAACACAAUUGGCGUACGAAUUGCAUGAAAAAGCUAGAGUCCCAAUUGGCGAAUGUGGUUUAGAUGAGGUGAAACAAUUUCAAACCUAUUUGUCUGAUUAUCAGAUCAAUAUCGUUUCGAAGGAGCAUCAAAAUGCCAUAAUCUAUUCCGGUCCCGAGAAAGACAAACGAAUUUAUUUGUUUUUGCACGAUAGCCAUUACGAUGUAAUCACAAGCAUGCCGGCAUUUUUUGCUCGGAAAAAGUAUUGCCAUACCUGUAAAAAGGGGUACGAUAAAAUGACUGAUCAUUUGUGUGCUGAUUUAUGUAAGUUGUGUCUUUUCAAAUUGUGAAAUUGUUUCGUGGGUUCCUUGUGCUUGUUGCAUGCGUGUUUUUAAAAGUCAAGAGUGUUUUAACCGACAUAAGCAAUCUGUAGGCAACGCAAAAUCAGUCUGUGAUUCUCUGGGUAAGUGUCUUCAUUGUGAUCUUGUUGUAAAACGGAGUAGACUGAGGCGUGAUUUGCAUCACUGCGGUGAGACUCGUUGCUCUACCUGUAAUAGCUAUGUGCAAACUGAGAAUCAUCAAUGUUACAUGCAACCCGUCAGAGAGGAAAACACCAGAGACAUAAACGAGGAGGCGAACCUUCUCGAUGAAGAGGCAAACGACGAGAACGACACACCCCAAAGCGGGUACAAUCAACUCCUAUUCUUUGACUUUGAAUGUCGACAAGAAAACGGAAACCACGAACCCAACUUAUGCAUAGUGCAAAACGAAGCGGGGGACGAGUGCAUAUUUAAAGGCGACAAUACGAGAAAUGAGUUUUGCGAGUGGUUAUUUACCAAGGAACACGCAAACUGCAUUGUAGUAGCACAUAAUUUUCAGGGUUACGACGGAUAUUUUAUUCAACAAUUCCUACACCAAAACGGUGUGAUUUUCGAUCUCAUCACAAGAGGUGCCAAAAUCCUUACAUUGAAUGUCCCGUUGUUCAAGAUUAAAUUUAUAGACUCUCUCAGUUUCAUACCCAUGAGACUUGCCGAUUUUCCGAAAACCUUUGGUCUCAAUGAGCUUGCAAAAGGUUAUUUCCCUCACCUUUUUAACAAAAAGGAGAAUGAGAAUUACGUUGGCCCUAUACCUCCAAGUCCAUUUUACAAUCCUGACGGAAUGAGUCCUGAUGAAAAAGAGACGUUUUUGGAAUGGCACGGUAAUAUGAAAGAAAACCAUUACGUGUUCAAUUUCCAGCAAGAAAUUCAAACCUACUGUCGUUCAGAUGUCGAUAUUCUACGGCGUUGUUGCCUUGAGUUUCGCGAACUGUUUCGUGAUGUUACAGAUAUCGAUCCGUUUGAGAAAUGUCUCACCAUUGCAUCAGCAUGCAAUUUAGUGUUUCGAAAGAAUUUUCUGAAAGAAAACACUAUUGCCAUAAUCCCUCCUCACGGUUAUCGUCCGAAAGACAAGCAAUCCAUCCUGGCUCUAAAGUGGUUGACUUAUACUGCCGAAAAGAAUGACAUCUACAUUCAACAUUCGCGCAACGCUGGUGAGAGACGUGUUGGUACUUAUCUACUGGAUGGUUAUCAUGAAGAGACCAACACAGCCUACGAAAUCAAUGGUUGCUUUUGGCACGGAUGUUUAAAAUGCUACGCCAGAGAUACGGUGAACAGUGUUAGUGGUAAAACCAUGCAUGACCUGCAUCAAGCUACAAUGGAGAAGACGUGUUACCUCCGAGAUCAGGGCUUCAAUGUUAUCGAAGUAUGGGAGUGUGACAUCACGCAAGAAUUAGAAUGCAGCGAAAAUAUGAAAAGUUACUUUGACAGUUAUGACUUAAUUGAUCCUUUGGAACCUCGUGAUGCCUUCUUUGGUGGUCGAACCAACGCUGCCAAACUAUUUCACGAGUGUAAGGAUGACGAAAAAAUAAGGUAUGUGGAUUUCACGAGCCUAUAUCCCUGGGCAAAUAAGACAACGCGAACAGUCGUCGGUCAUCCUCAUAUCAUCACAGAAAAUUUUGACGAAGAUAUCUCCAAUUACUUUGGGUUGAUCAAAUGUACAGUUCUGCCACCUCAUGGUCUCUUCCACCCUGUCCUGCCUUAUCGUACCCAGGGAAAGUUGAUGUUCCCCUUAUGCAAGUCGUGUGCAGAUGCGUGUAACCAAUCCCCAUGCACCCAUUCCGACACAGAAAGAUCCAUUCAAGGAACCUGGUGCAGUGUGGAGUUGGAGAAAGCCUUGGAGAAAGGUUACGUAAUUUUGAAACUCCAUGAAGUAUGGCAUUUCCCACAACAAUCUGAUGAACUGUUUAAAGAUUAUAUCAAUACGUUUCUGAAAAUCAAACAGGAAGCGAGUGGUUACCCAAAGAAUUGCACCACAGAGGAACAGAGACGCCUUUAUGUUGAGGAGUACUACGAGCGAGAAGGAAUCCGUUUGGACCCGUCCAAAAUUGAGCAUAAUCCCGGGCUUCGUGCGCUGGCAAAACUGAUGCUUAACUCAUUUUGGGGCAAGUUUGCACAACGUCCCAACAUGUCAAAGGUGGAAUUAAUCGCAGACCCCCAAGUUUACUUUGACUACCUAACCUCAGAUGAAAUCAAUGUUCUUGAUGCAAAUUUCGUCAAUGAUGAAGUGAUUGAAAUCCACUAUGAAAACAACGAAAAUUUCAUCGCGCCAAAUUCAAAAACAAACGUGGUCAUCGCUGCUUUCACCACUGCCUACGCCCGCCUCAAACUCUACGAUGUUCUGGAUCAACUUCAGGAAAGAGCGUGUAUUACGAUACUGAUCGGUGAUCUUUGUCAGUAA